AUGUCGCAGGGCCUGAACAACCUGAGCGGCAUCUGGGAGACGGAGGAGGGGGAGUGCGUGGUGAUGAUGCAGACGACCCUGGAGAAGAUGUUUGAGAAGGUCGACCUCACGCUGCUCAACAGGCUGCUGCGCCUGAUCGCGGACCACAACCUGGCGGACUACAUGUCCUCCAAGAACAACGUGUCCAUCACCUACAAGGACAUGAUGCACACCAACAACUACGGCCUCAUACGCGGCCUGCAGUUCAGCUCCUUCAUCGUGCAGUACUAUGGCCUGAUCAUGGACCUGCUGCUGCUGGGCCUCACGCGCUCCAGCGAGCUGGCGGGGCCCCCCCAGAUGCCCAACGAGUUCCUGUCCUUCAGGGACGCGCGCGUGGAGGGGCGCCACCCCAUCCGCCUCUACGGCCGCUACAUCGACCGCAUCCACGUGCUCUUCAAGGGCGCCGUCCUCGUGGGAUGA